AUGGCAAUUGUCUCAGUGGCCGAUUCGUCUGCUUCUUCAAUGGAACGAUUGAGCUACGAUAGAUCUUUACUAAGGAGUUCAGCAGAAAGUUAUUCUCCAUUAGAGAGAGCUAUAAAAUACUCAAACUCGAAGGUGGUUUUGCAAAGAUUAGUUUUGAUCAGGGAGUUUAUAGAUAUUUGCCACGAUGUUGGGUAUUCAAAAGCAACAAGUACUUUGUUACCAAUAUUAGGAAAACUAAUUCGAGACAACGACGAAGAUGUAAGACGGGGAGUAUUGAGUAUUCUGGGUGAUUUGGUUGGAUUUCUGGUGCAAUCAGAUUUGGAACAGGGUUAUAGUGUGGUUUUAUCGAGUAUUGUUCCAAUUAUUAAGGAUGUUUUAAUGGGGGAUACUCAGCAAACAAGUAUUUCAGUUAAGGAGGUGGCUUGCCGUGUUGGGAUAACUCUUUGUUCCCACUUGAGGCAUUCAGACAGGGUUGAUUCCAUUCUAUCUAUCAGCUUGGCUCUUGCAAAUGAUUUAGAGAAUGAGGAUUCUAGAUGCCUAGCAACAUGGAUGUUGAAUGGUUUGGCAGAAUAUAUGGGGAAAGAUAUUUGUAUGCAGUUCAUAGUUCCCCAAAUCAAGUGUUUGGCUGAUGACCACAGCGAAAGGGUUCGUAUGUUUGCAGCAAUGAAUCUAUGCGAGGUCAUUCGGAUAACCCAGAACUUUUCAGAGUUACUUCCAGUUUUCAAGCGUUUGUUACUACAGGACUCAAAUGCAGUUAGGAAAUGCGCAAUAAAAGUCAUUAUUGGGAUCUUUAGCAGUAUCAAGACUAUAGAUAACAGUAUAUUCUCCUCUUUUUUAAUUGAAAUUCUAAGGGAUGUGUCUGGCGAUGACUUUAGCAACGAUCUUAAAAAACAGAUUGGCCCUUUGAUUACUUUAUUCAAAGACCCUGAAUGUGUUCCUAGAGAGAUUCUUGAUGUUUAUUUGGCUAUGGGAAUGAAUUUUGAAGAGGAUGGGGAUACGGAAUUUUUGGAAAUUGACUCUAGAGAUUCUACAGUCGAAGAAAAUAACUUGGUUUAUUACGAACAAACCGUUGAAGAGGAUAAUCAGAAUUCUAAGGUUAAUACAGAGGGAACUAACAGCAGGAAAUCUUCAGAAUUUAAAGAGAUUAAAGAAAAGCAAGAUGACAUUUCCUUACUUCCUUUCGGAAGCCACCUUGGGUUGACCUUUAAAGAACAAGAGUUGAAUGGACCUUUGUUUUUUUGCUCUUACAGCUUUGCAUCGGUAUUUUCACAUAUGGGCCCCAGUUAUUGGCCAGAGUUUUCGCAACUCUUAGCUCAGCUUGUUGAGAGCAAUCACUAUUCAGUGAGGUUGCCUAUAGCCGCUUCUAUGUCUUUAAUUCUUGCCACUGCACUCUCCUGUGGUAAUAGAACCCAUUCACAUCUUAUUAGACUCAACUCCUCUAUACAAAAUCCUCCAUUUUCAGAAGUAUCUAAUGUGGAUAAUCAUAGUAAUAUAAAAGACAAGGAGAAAAACGAGAAGACUAGCGCAGAGAUCAAGAAGGAGCAGAAUGAGUUCUGCAAUACAAUAGAAAAAGGGGUUGAUUUGUUUUACAACAAUAUCCAUCAUGAGCCCGCUAAAUGCCUUUUGGCUGGUUCAUCCUUUAAGCUUCCAUGCUCUAAGGGAUGCCAGCUCCGUACUGAUAUCCUUCCAUUCCUGCAUGAAAUAAUUGGGAAGCUACUUGAUGAUAAUGAUAUUUACGUAAAGAGAGCUAUAUUCAGCUGUCUAUCUGACAUUAUCAAAUGCCUUCCACACAAGGAGCAUGUAGAACCAGUAAUAAAGAAAUUCCCGGACCUCCUUAACUCUUGUCGUAUUGACUGGAGAUGCAGGAACAUUCUAGCAAACCAGAUCAGAAAAAUCUGCAUAGAGCUCCAUCUCCGUAACAUGGAAAUUAGGAAGCAAUCAGAAACUUCUCAGGAGCUAUUUACUGGUAGUUUUGCUCAGAAAUACUUAUCCCCAGUAGCUUUUUCGCUGCUUUUGGACCCAGUCUCUGAGGUAAGGAAAACUGCCAUAAAUAGUGUUUCCUCUCUUUUAAGGAUCUCAUCCCCAUUUUUAUGGCACUUCUUUCAGAACGGAGGCAAUAUUCACGACCUUCCCAGUCCUAUUCACUCGCCAAACUCCUCAUCUGGUUCUAAGAAUGGUGUUCAGACUCUAUCCGCCCCCACCUUGGUCUCUACAUCAGUUUCCUCAUCUUCCCCCUCACCUUCAUCAUCUCUCUCUAUUGACGCCCCUAGCUCCAUAGCACCAGUAAAUAUUACUGGUAACUCUGAACCAUCCUGGCCAAAGGAGGAGAAAAGAGAUCUUUCUACUAUGAACAAUACAGAGAAGUCUAUCAAAGAGAACCACGACAUCCUUUACAAAACCUUUCAACCCCUAUAUAUACAUAAACAAAACUCAUCAGUCAUAUAUUCGUCUAUCUAUAACUUCUCUCCAAGUUCAUCCAAGACUCUAAACAAGGUUAGUGGAUAUAUUGGUGAAUCCAGUUCUAGUUCUAAUUCGGGUACUAUUCAAGCAGUUGGAGCUUUAAGUAGUAACUGCAACCACAACCAUAACAAAACUACCAAUGCAACCACGUACGAUGAUGGGUUCAAUUUUUCGGAGAAACUCCGAGUCUUGUUUUCUCUUGAUGGAAAAAAUGGUAACUGCAAGCUGAUUAAUGAACUUGCUCUGAUUUGGUGCAUCCUCAAGACGUUUGCAAUUUCAACCAAAUAUCAUCAUAGACAAGAAUUUAUCCAAAUGUGUGAUCGUUUUAUUCGAGAUAUCCCCAGAGGUUUCUUCUAUGCCUACUUCCUGAAUCCUUUGAUCUUACUUGCUUCUGAUCCAGUUAGAAAUGUCAGAUCUACAUGGUUAAGAGUUAUUGGACCUCAUAUUAAGGACUCUGGUAGAUUAGGUCAAUGUGCCAAUAUAGUCGCAGCAUGUAAGCUUAUGAGUCUAUCAGAGCUCGACAAAGAAUGUAAUAAAUAUCUAUCAAACAUCAAAUUCCUACCAAAAAGUACCCUAAAACGGGUGGACUUUUUAUCAGUUAAAGACAUUACAGGAAUUAUUGGACGGACUGCUGAUUAUGACGACAUUCUCAGUUGGAACCAACAACCCCUAAUCAAACAAUUUAAUCUUUAUAUGGAAGAAGUUUUAGGAUCACUUUGGUGUAUUGAUAAUGUACCUGGUUCAAGUUUAUUGUCAUCCUCAAACACUAACUAUACUAAUAGAAAGCCGUUUUAUUCUUCUGAGCGUUGUUCCGAUCUUACUAUGGAAUAUGAAAUGAUGCUUCUUGAAGUAAGGCCUAACUCAUCUCCCACAAACAUUUCAUCAUUGGAACCAGUUAUCACUUCUGAUACUAGUAGCUUGGAAUUUGGACCGUCCAACAAUGACUUAUUUGUAAAUAGCAACGCUUUAUUUUCAUGUAGACUUGGGUUUUCCAGAAGAUCUUUAGAGCUCUCCGAAAAUGAUUCACUAUUACCUAACAAAAAUCCGGAUAAAAUACUCUCAUCAGACAAUGUUUCCUACAAGACUCUAGAAUCCGACUCAUCUUUAGAUUUCCCCACAUCUUGUGUUUCUGAAUCUACAUCCAUUUCAAAUUCAUUUUCGGUCAAUUCUUUGGAGAUACUUUAUAGACCUGGAAUUCCUAGGAGCUACCCCAAGUUCAUUUGCCCUUUUGGGACAGAUACAUCCUUUCAGAAUGAAACAGAACCAGAGAUGAUCUUAAAAGCCCGCAGAAUCCCAAGAAAAAAGACACAAAGAGACCAUUCCCAAAGGCCUAAACAAUGUCAGAAACUCUCUGUAGUCUUCGACCACAAACUACAUGCGGCUACCAGAAACUUCAUCAUGGUUGAUAUCGCUAGAGCUGCAACCGAUGAUCUAUUUUGA